GUUAUCUGUCAGGCAGCGUAUUUGUCAAAAGUAAGUGUCAAUUCAAUGGAAUAUUUGUCUGUUAUAUAUUAUUUCUAACAUGUGUAAUGUUUUAUGUGGAAAAAUAACAGAAGUUGCACCAUAAUAAUGUUUAUAUAGGCUUAAUUAAUUAACCAAUUAAUUUUUUAAAUAUUUAAUCACCAUGUCAUCACGUGUUUUAAGAAAAUUGCAGGGUGACAAAGACUUGCCUGAAGAAAUUUCUGAUCCAGAUACUGAUUUACCAGUAGCUGGAGGAGCCCGACGUAAACAGUUUAAUAUCAACAGAUACGAUUUAUUAAAUCAACAAUCAUUAUCAGAAAGUGAAGUUAAGGAGGAUGACAAUGAAACAGAAGCUAAUAAUGCUAAUGAAGGGGAUGAAACUCACGAGUCUACUAAAAGGCGUAAAAAAAAGAAAAAGAAGAAAUCAGGGAAACAUUCUGCUACACAUCGAAGCAGUGAAGAUAACACAGAAAUGGACGAGGUUGAGAGGUCUGUUCGAGAGGUAAACAGAUUGCUAGGAGAAAAUUAUAUGUCAGGUUCAUUACACAACAGUGAUUCAAGAUUGGAGAAGAAUAUACUAAUUAGGAAAAAUAUAUUAAGUAUCCAACAUAAGCAUUUAAAUCCUAAUAAUGAACUAAAGAGAAUAUUUGGUUCAAAAAUUAUACAAACUGAACAUAAAAGAAAAAAUAGGGGCGGAGUUGGUCGCGGUCAUCUGCGCACCUCAUGGUUAGUGUCUCCAAAAGACAAUUGGCCACCCAUUGGCAAACAUGGUUUGUCCAUGGCUUUGUUAGAGACUAAACAGGGAAUUCAUCACUUCACCUAUGAACACAGCCAAAGUUAUAGGCAGAUUCAGCACAAAUUUCUGGAGGCUGUUGAGAGUCUCAACCCUGACAACUUGGUGGCCAUAAUUAAUGAACAUCCUUAUCACAUAGAUGCACUGAUACAGUUGUCUGAUCUCUGUAGAUUAAGUGAGGAUCUGGCAAUGGCUGCUGACUUAAUAGAAAGGGCUCUGUAUGCCUUAGAAUGUGCAUUUCAUCCCUUCUUUAAUAUUGCUCAGGGCAAUGGUAGACUGGACUACAAAAGGCAAGAGAACAGGGCAAUGUUCAUAACUUUAUUCAAACAUUUACAGUUCGUUGGAGGUCGGGCCUGUUACAGGACCGCAUUGGAAGUAUGCAAACUUCUCUUGUCUUUAGAUCCGGAAGGAGAUCCUCUGGCAGUUAAAUUAAUAAUCGAUUUUUACGCUUUGCGGGCUAAGGAAUACAAGUGGUUGAUAGAUUUUGCAGAAGAGUGGGAAACAUCCAAAAAUUUGUCGCAGCUUCCCAAUUUUGCUUUUUCGGUCCCUAUUGCCAUUUUUCACACAUCUGGUGACGAUACCAAAAAGGCCGAUAGUUUGCUACAAGAUGCUCUAAUUAUGUUUCCAGGACUUCUGAAGCCCCUGAUGGAUAAAUGUUCCAUUUGUCCCGAUAGUCGUGUAGAGAAGUCGGAAUUUUUCAGUAACACAGCAAAACAACCUGCAGCUUUAACUCAGUUGAUCAAUUUGUAUGUAAAUAGAAGUUAUCAUUUAUGGAAAGAACCGGAAAUACUCCCGUGGCUUGAGAGGAACGUGAACGAAGUACUGGAUAGGGUUGCAAAGGGCGAUAAAAUUGUGAAAGAUUACGAGCAAAAAAGGUUGAAACGGUAUCAAGGGCCGAUGCCUUUGAGUAUAAGUCGUCACGUGAUUUUGUCUGAUGUUAAAGGAGUUUCGCCCUUAGCGGAGGAUUUCACGGCUCCCGUAUUAAGUUUCGACCCGUUACCACCCCCAGACUCUGUAAAUAUUUAUAGCAAAUCACUAAAACCGAAACCAAGUAGUCAAAGUACGAUCGGUUUGUUUUUCCGAUCGAUUAUUCCCAAUUUUGAAGAUUUUCCAAGGUUGCCAUUACCUCAGGAUGGAGCUGGUGACGAAGAUGGUGCUAGGGCUUUGCCGGAAAGGGAAGCGAACAACGCUACCGAGGGUGAAGACCUUCGAAGAAGUGUAGCAUCCCUUGUCGGGGCAGUUCGUGACCUUUUAAGUAACCUUCGACUGCCGGACGUACCAAACGAUGCCGAUGUCGAUGAAAACGACGACUCAGAAGAUGACGAACCAAACUAUUUAACCUAAUUAAAUUGAUCGAUUAGAUUAUUAUUGUUUAUUAUGUAAUAAUACAUUGAAAUUGUAUUAUUUAAUAAAGUAUAAUAACCCCUAAA